GUACCGCGGGCAUUCAUAAAUCAUAAGGUGGAAUGAAGCAUUGAAGACAUUUAAGACUCUGUUUGAGGGGGGAGAGAGAGAGCGAGAGAGAGCGAAGAUGGAAGAGGAAAUAUGCCGAGACCUCCCUCUUGUUCUCUCCUCUUUCGUUGACACGUUCGUUGACUUCUCUGUAAGCGGCCUUUUCUUACCCCAAUCCUCUAACCCGAACCCUAACCCUAACCCUAAUUCUUCUUCUGAUACCGAUCCUCUGCCCUCAUCCCCACAGUUAGCUACCAAGUACCCUGCUCCCGAUCGUCUCAUCGCGGUGGGCGAUCUUCAUGGAGAUCUUCAGAAGUCGAAGGAAGCCCUAAGGCUUGCUGCCCUUAUCGACGCUUCUGAUCGAUGGACAGGCGGGACCGCCACAGUGGUCCAGAUCGGGGACGUGCUCGAUCGCGGUGGGGACGAGCUGAAGAUUCUGUAUUUUCUCGAGAAAUUGAAGCGGGAGGCCGAGAAAAGCGGCGGAACUAUCAUUACUAUGAACGGAAAUCAUGAGAUCAUGAACGUGGAUGGCGAUUUUAGGUUUGUUACCCAAGCGGGUCUGGAUGAGUUUAGGGUUUGGGCUGAUUGGUUUUGUAUUGGCAAUGCAAUGAAGAGUCUCUGUGAUGGGUUGGAAAAACCCAAAGACCCAUUUUUUGGUAUUCCUUUGAAGUUUCUUGGUGUUAAGGAAGAAUUAUAUCAUAGCAUUCGAUGUAGAAUUGCCGCAUUACGCCCAGAAGGUCCCAUUUCGGUUCGGUUUUUAUCGCAAAAUCAGACAGUUGUGGUUGUGGGUGAUUCGGUUUUCGUUCAUGGAGGUUUGCUGCCUAAACAUGUUUUCUACGGGUUGGAACGAAUCAAUGAAGAGGUGAGGGAUUGGAUUAAUGGGUUGAAGGAGAUUUCACCUGGUUAUCUCAGAGGCAAGCAUUCAAUGGUUUGGUUGAGGAAGUUCUCUCAUGAAUUGGCACAAAAUUGUGACUGUUCAACUCUUGAGCAUGUUCUUGCUACGAUUCCAGGUGCAAAGAGGAUGAUCAUGGGUCAUACCAUUCAAGAAACUGGAAUUAAUGGUGCUUGUGGUAACCGAGCCAUUCGGAUUGAUGUGGGUAUGUCCAAGGGGUGUAUUAACGGACUGCCUGAAGUUUUAGAGAUUAUUGGGAAUUCGGAGUUGCGGGUCCUGACAUCGAAUCCAUCAUACAGGGACAGACUAGAAGCUGAUAGGAAGGGCGGGCUUGGUCUUCUGCUUCCUGAGCAUGGACCGCGACAAGUGGAAGUGAAGGCGUAACAUUGAAGAGAAUUUGAACUCAAGGGAGUUCCUUUUCAAGGAACCGUUUGAGAAUUUUAUAGCUUGUUCAUAAGAACUGAUAAUUCAAUAUCAUGGUGGAGUGGGUUCCAGAAUUGUAAAUCAUUGCCAAUCAAAUAUAUUUUUUUUAUCAGUAA